AUGCCGGCCCUUUCCCCGGAAAUCCUGCAUGGGAAUCAGGCAAACGAACUAUACUCCACCCCAAUGGAGACACCCUACCAGUCAGGGGAGCAAUCCAAAUCCUCGUCCGGGAAGGAAUCCCCACCGGUUGACAAGCCGACUUCUAAGCGGCGACAUUCUCGGGCAACCGCGACCUAUCCCCGCAAGCGAGCAACUCAAGCAUGCCAUACAUGUCGACAUAGACGGACAAAAUGCGAUAAUACCCGACCUUCGUGCGCAUCAUGUCUUCGGCUCGGGGCCGAAUGCUCCUAUGAGCAGAUCAGUUUUGCGAGCUUUGAUCCCGCAAGCUUGGCUAUUCUGAAACGACUCGAUGAUCUAGAAUCACUGCUUCGGAAGGCGACCGAUCCACUUCCAGGGGCCUUGGCGCAUGUUCCUCAUUCUGUGUCGCCGUCCAUGCCUUUCGGCGAGGUUAGCCCGGUGGAGAUCGACCAUCAGACACAAUGGAAACCCUCGUUCAUUAACAUCGAGGAGGUUUUGAAAUGGCCUGUAUUUGAUGAACAGGAAAUUGCACAACGGCUCCAUCUUUUAUCCUUGUCUGAAGAAGAGACAUUUCAACCAGACCUACCAAUCUCCGUCGACCUCGACCUCUACGCCGCUGACCACCUCGUUCGGACUUUCUUCAACGAUGUACAUAUUUUCAACCCCACACUCAAAGAAGAAAAUAUCCGUGAAUGUAUGGAAGUCGUUCGAUUGAAUGGGAUUGGAUGGGACGCAAUGUCAUGCUUAUUGUCCAGCGGGUUUCUGCAAGCCGAAGCCUAUUUCCUUGCCGCGCAAAAGCGAAUGGGCAUGCUUCUCUGCAAGAGCGGGCCGGUAGAAGCGCAAUGCUUUUUCCUUGCCGGUGUAUAUCUAAUGACAACUUUGCGACCAGUAGGAGCAUGGAGGAUGUUUGUGCAAGCACUUGCCUGUUGUCAGGGUUUUUCGGCGCAUACUAUGAGCGACAACCGCUAUGAAGACACAUGGGAAACGAGACAGAGGAUAUACUGGACCUGCUUCAAGUCUGAGCUAGAGCUUCGACUGGAAUUAAAUCGGUCGCAAAAAAGCGUCGUCGAUCUCAGCUACCCAACAGGUUUUCCGUCGCCCCCGGAAGAGCUGAAGUCAAAGGAUGAAGCAGCAUGGUACUUCUACCUGGCAGAGAUUGCCUUACGGAGACUGGAAAACCGCAUCCUGGAUUAUGCUUACCGCCCAGGUUUGAUCAACCUGGAGACCGACGUGAUCCUUGACUUUGAGGACCAAGCAAACGCAUGGCUCCGAUCGCUUCCCGAAGCCUUGGCCUUCGAUACGGAAAACCCGGAUGCAGAUCAAUAUGCGCCGUUCCGAUUCAUUCUCAGUGGUCAUUUCAUUGACUGUCAAGAGACCAUGUACUGGCACUUUUUGGUCGACGCGAUACAUGGGCGAAUGGAUGGGAGCAGCGAGGUUCUCGUUCGAAAGGGUUUGAAGGUCUGUGUGGAUAGAAUCCAGCAGAAUCGCACGGGAUUCUACCAUCGCCAUCAUGGAACAUGGCUCAUGCUCCGAUCCUGCACAAGGAGUGCAUCUGUGCUGCUCGCUGCCGAACGCAGUAUAGGCAUAGCCUCUUUUCUGCCGAACGGCUGGGAGGAAGCAAUAUUUGAAGUUUCCAGGGUGCUCACCUUCUGGAAAGAUGAGUCUCAUGAUGUGUUGGGGUUAUUCACCAUUUUGCAGACGCUGAUCGAGGCCAGGGCGUUCAAGUUGACUUAG